AUGUCUGAAGACGGUCAGAACCUUCCAAACCAUCAGCGUUUCCCAUCUGCCACUCCUGUCAAAGAGCUGGAGCAUGUUUUGGACAGCUGCAGGAUGGAAUUAAAUCAUGUGGAUGAAGUGUGGCCUAACCUGUAUAUAGGUGAUAUCUUGAUUGCACAUGACAAGGAAGAACUGAGGAAACUUGGCAUCACCCAUGUACUGAAUGCUGCACAUUCCACAUGGGAAAGUAAAGGAGAUCAAGCCUUCUAUGGCCAAGAAAUCCAUUAUUGUGGAAUAGCUGCAGAAGAUUCAACUGAUUUUAACCUGCGUGAGCAUUUCUACCCUGCCUCAGAGUACAUUAAUAAAGCACUGAGUGCUCUGAACGGAAAGAUCUUAGUUCACUGCGUUCUUGGUAAAAGCAGAUCCGCCACCUUGGUGCUGGCUUACCUUAUGAUCUACCAUCACUUAUCAUUGACCAAUGCUGUCCAACGUGUCAUCCAGCACCGAGCCAUUUCACCAAACCAAGGGUUCCUGAAACAGCUACACGACCUAGAUGUUGAAUUGCGAGACAGGACAAACCUGUGUGAGCUCUUAUAA